GCGUCGCUACGUAGAGAAGUCUGACUACACAUAUACACACGCGCGCACUCACACACACGCGUGACAGAGACAGAGAAACACUGCUCUCUCUCAGAGAGAGAGAGAGAGAGAGAGACAGAGAGAAAGAGACAGACAGACAGAAAGAGAGAGAGAGAGAGAGAGAGAGAGAGAGAGAGAGAGAGAGAGAGAGAGAGAGAGAGAAAGAGAGUAAUGGCAUGAAGCAUUAACAGCAGCAGGAGCACCAUCCUGACCAAAGCGCUUCACUCUCUCUCUCUCACACACACACACACACACACACACACACUCUGAACUUUGGCAUCUGCUCGAGCGACGUACUGCUGAUUUGCGCUGGGGGCAGAAAGAAAGACCCUGCAGCGCCAGUUGAAGUGUUUUACGCGCGGACGCACCGCGGCUGUCGGACAUGGGAGCGGAUUUAUGAGGAGCUUUUAUCCGGAGCUUUGAUGGGAGUUGCUGUGUGUUUUUUUGCUUCUGUGCCGAAGUGAGCCAUGUUUCCUCCCUCUGCUCUCUGCUGCCUGGCUUUGCUGAUCACCGCGGCGCCGCUGCGAGGGACCAACUCACAGCAAGUGUGCACAGGCACAGAAAACAAACUGAGCACCCUGUCUGAUCUAGAACAGCAGUACCGGACCCUGCGCAAGUACUAUGAGAACUGCGAGGUGGUGAUGGGCAACCUGGAGAUCACCAGCAUCGACCGGAGCCGGGAUCUGUCGUUUCUCAGGUCCAUCCGGGAGGUAACCGGAUACGUGCUGGUGGCUCUGAAUCAGUUCGACUAUCUCCCUCUCGAAAACCUGCGUAUCAUCCGUGGUACUCGGCUCUACGAAGACCGAUACGCCCUCGCCAUCUUCCUCAACUACCGCAGAGACGGGCAUUUCGGACUGCGCCAGCUCGGCCUCAAGAACCUCACAGGUAUUGCCUUAGGAAUCCAUUUUAAAGUGUGCAUUCUGGAUCGUGAAUCUUUAAAUAUUAAAGAAAGGAAAUUAAAUCACGGUUCCUUAAGAAAACUUUGGCAUUUCGGAUGCGAGGCUUUUCCGUCUGUUUGCCGGACGCUUUUUGGACUUUUGGAUUGCUUUUGGAGCGACGACGUCUCUCGGCGAGGUGAAGGCACAUGAAUAUGUAUUUGAUAUGUGAUUGAUUUGUUUUCUCAUUCUCGUCCCGGAGUUGCGGGGUGGGGGGGUACGAUAGACAGCCCGCUGAGCUCAGCUGAAUAAUUGCGUUCAGAAUUAGAGCCGUAAAAAUCCGAUUCUUAUUUUAAGGGAAAAUGGCAGGAGCUUGUUUAGAGCUAGCAGUCAAGGUCAAACCUGGCAGUAUGGCUGACAUUGCCUCCAAAUGAAAGCAAACAUUUCUGGGUUACGCUGUUAGCCAGAGGUAUUAAAACAGGUUUAAUUAGGUCCCGCCUUUCACUUCCCGUUUAUCUGGAAUUUGGCCUGUGGCUUACGCUCGGUCGUCAUUUUCUCCAACAAAUCACAUAAUUGUGUGGACAUGAUCCACCGUCAAUAGGUUCAGGCUCGGGUGUGCUAUUAAAAUGUCUCUUUGUGCCACAGGGCUUCCCGCAACCAAAACGCACUAGAAUUUGAUGGAUCCUGAAAUGAAAUUUCAUGUUCCGAGGCAGUUUUGUGAAACGGAGGCUUUUUUUUUUGUGAUAUUAUUGUGCAGAAAUUAUCCGUCACCAACCGUACUUCAGAAAAUAAGAAGGAAAUAUAAGGACAAUCACGCAUGGCUGUGCGUCUGUAUGUGUGUGUGUGUGUGUGUGUGUGUGUGUGUGUGUGUAUGUUUGUGUGUCUGUGUGUGUGUCUGU